AUGAAUAAAUUAGAGCCAACACAGAUAAUAAAUUUACUGUGUAUAAAUGAAUACAAUAAAGAUAUUCCAAUUAACAGUUAUUAUUAUCAAUUAAAAGAGAAUUGGAUAGAAAUAAUAAAAGAGAAUUGGAUAGAAAUAAUAAAAGAAAAUUUAGCGAAAAAAGAAGGAAUUGAAAUACUAGAGAAAUUAAUGAAAAUUUCAAUAAAUAUUGAAUAUUUAAAAAAAGAAAUUUUAUUAUUUUUUAUAGAGAAAGUACCUCAAAUAAAUAAUGAUGAAAUAGCAAAAAUUGUUAUUAGAAUUAUUGUACAAUUACUUCAAUAUUAUUUAAAUAGUGAAACAAUGGAAUUAAUAUUUAAAUUAUAUGAAAAAUUAAAUAGAAUUCAAAGUUCUUAUUUAACAGGAUAUUUAAUUGAAAGUAUUAAUAAUGAACCAAUAAGUUAUUAUCAAUUAAAUGGUAUGACUACUGGAAUUUCACUUGUUAUUCAAUUGCCAAUAUUUCCAGAAUAUUCAUAUGCAAUUAAAACAAAUUUUUUUAUUGAAACAAUGACAGAUGAUUCAUUUCCAGUAAUUUUUUCAAUUAAUGCAACGAUGUAUAAAUUAACUUGUGCUAUUGAAGGUUCAAAUAAACAUUUAGUUAUUAAAUGUGAAACCACUGGAAAAAGAACACAACAAUUAUAUUCAGGGAUUUCAUUUACAAGAGAAUAUGAUACACAAUUUAUUAUACAAAAAAAUCAAUGGUAUUCAUUAAAUAUUUAUCAUAAUAAUAAUAGGUUUAUUGUUCAACUUAAUAAUCAACAACAAGUAUUUCCUAUCAAUUAUCCAUUGUUUAAAGAAACUAUUCUUCUUUAUUUAGGUUAUAUUAAAGGUCUUCCAGGAACUUCUUUAAUUGGUAAAAUUACUGGGUUUCAAUGGAUAUUUGAUGUAUAUGAAUUUAAUGAUAUUAAUAAUAUUGAUUGGUUUGAUUAUGAAAUAGAAUUUAAUAGACAAAUAAUAAACAAUAUUAUUCCACGAUUAGUUCUAAAUGUUGGAGUAACUAAAAGUCCAUUAAAAAAUGAAGGAAAUAUUUUAAAAAAAUUUGAUAAAUUAAAUAAUAAAACACCAUUUAAACAAAUAGAAAUAUUAGAUGUUUUUAGUGAUUAUUUAUUUUAUCCAAUUAUGGAAAUUGCAACAUGUAAAUUUUCUGAUUUAUUUAUUGAAGACGAUUAUUUAACAAAAUGUAUUCAUCUUUUAUCUUUAAUUAAACCAUCAAAUAUUACAAACGUUAUUAAAUUAUUAUUUGGAUUAAUGGUUAAAGAUAUAAAAGUUAAUGAAUGGUGUUUAAAUCGUCAUUUUUUUACUUUUAUAUUUGAUCAAUUAGAAGUUGUUAUUCAAAAAGGAAAUGAUUCUAUUAUUAAUGAACAUAUUAAACUGGUAUGUUCUAUUCUUAAUAUGACUUUAAACAAUGACAAUAUUCAUCACGCUUUAGUUAGACUUUUUUCACUUCCUUCUAAAUUAACUUUAAACCAACAACUUAUUUUCUUAAAAGAAUUUACUAAUAUUUUUACUCCAAAAAUUAUUCAAUCAAUUCAAAUUGAACAAGUUAUUACAGCAAAAGAAAUUGUAUUAAUAUUUAUGGGAAAUAUGGAAGUUAAAACAAAAAUUCUUUUAUUUCAAUAUUUAAUAGAUUUAAUUCCAAACACAUUAUUAAAUAAUAUAAUAGAACAAUGUUUCUCUUUUAUUAAAAGUGAUAAUUGGAUUAUUUAUCAUAUUUUAUGGAAAGUUCUUCAAUUAGAACCUUUAAAAUGGAAUUUAAAAUAUCUUUCUUUUAUUGAUGUUUUUAAAUCUAAAAUUAAAUCAAUAAAUGAUCUUGUUGCUUCUUAUUGUUUAAUGAUUUGGAUAAGACUUGGUGGAAAUGGUCCAUUUGAAGUUAUUAAUUAUUCAUGGAAAAUUUAUCAAACUUGCUUAUAUUUAUCAUACAAUAAAGAACCUCAAUUUGAAUUUGAAGUUCCAACAUUAAAUGAUCAACAAUUUCAAGAAGAACUAAAUGCAUUAACUUAUAAACCAAUUUUACCUUUACUUUUUGAAUCAUUUGAACCACCAUUUACUCAAAUUCAAAAGGAAAUAAUAAUAAAGAUAUUUAAAGAUAUAUCAUUUUGUAAACCAACACAUAAUAUAUAUCAUUUAUUAUCAUCCAUUUCACCAUGGAUAGAUAUUGUAUCAAAAAUAUUAGUAGAAUAUAUUGAUGAUAUUGAAAUGAAAUAUGUUUUAAAAGUAUUUUAUCAUCUUAUGAAAAUAACAAAUACAACAAUAAAACAAAUAAUAGAUAUUUUAAGAUUAUUAUUACCUGAUAAUAAACAAUUUAUUCAACUCUUACUAUCUCUUUUAGAAAUUUUUAUUACUAAUGGAAAUUAUGAUAUUAAUAUUGGAAUUAUUUUAUCAAUUAUUUCUAAUAAAAUUAAUUAUGGAACAAAUGUUGAUUUACCUUUUAUUAAUGAAUUAUAUAAAUUAAUUAAUAAUUAUAUAUCAAAUAUUUCAUUUAAAUGGUUAACUAAUGAAUGGUUACAUUUCUCUAAAUUAAAAGAAUAUUAUUCUGUUUAUACUUUAUUUAUUCAUUUGUUUAUUUCUCAUAUUAAUAUGUUAGUAUUAUUUAAUAACAUUCACAAAAAUGAUUUUGAAUUAUUAUUUUCUUUUAUUAAUUUUAUUCUUCCAUUUGCUCCUCAUCAAAUUUCAUUAUCAUUUUUUGUUUGGUAUAUUUAUUCUAUUCAUUCUUUCUUUACAACUACUCAUCCUUCUAUUCAACCCUUAAAAGAAAUUACUUUAUUUCAUUUAUCUUCAAUUCAAUCUAUAAAUCAAGAAUAUUAUAAUCAAUUAAAUAAUAUUUUUAAUAACUUUACAUUCAAAUGUAUUUCUAAUGAUAUAAUUUCAUAUCAUAUUAAUGAACAUCAAAAAGAAUUAGAUAAAAUUCAAUCAAUUUAUUUUGAAGAAGUUGUUUUUAUUCCUGUCACUCCUAAAAAAUCGAAAAUAAAAUUAGUUCAUAAAGGUUCUAUUUUAAAAAGUUUAUCUGCUUCUCUUUCUCGUAGUAAUUCAAUUAGUCCACAUUCAAAAUCUCUUUUACCUAGUAGAAUAAAUAUUUCAAAACAAUGGCAAGAUGGUGAAUUAAGUAAUUUUAAAUAUUUACAAUAUAUUAAUGAAGUAGAAAAUUAUAACUAUUUUCCAAAAGUAUGUAGUACCUUUAAACAAAAUGCAUUUGAAUUAUAUUAUUCAAAUAAAGUAUUUCCAAUAUUUUCUGAAUGUUUAAUAAAAAAGGAAGUUUUGUCAUUAGAUUUAAGAGAAUCUAAUUUCCCUUCAGAAUGGUUCUUUUUAAUAGACUCAUUAAAAAAUGUAGAAAUUCCAAAAGAAUUUGCAGAAUCUCCAAGACAAUGUGUACAACAUUUACAAUUAUUAUUAGAAUCUCCAAGAAUAUCAAAAUAUCUUAAUAAAUGGAUUUCCUCUACUUUUAUGAAUUUUAGAAAGGAAAAACCAAGAAAAGUAUCUUACGAUUUUAAUAAAUUAAUAAACGUUUUUGAAGGUAUUAAAGGUACUAUUAAAGAUCCUUUAUUUAUUGGAGAAAUUUAUAAUGGAGAUGAAGAAAUACAAGUUGAAUUAUUAAAUGAAAUGAUUUAUUUUAUUGAUUCGAAUACAAUAAAAAGUUGUCUUGAGCGUCAUAUAAAAGGAGGAAAUUUUAUUCAAUUAUAUAAAGGAAGAAUAGAUGACAUUUGUAUUAUAUUUGAUGAUGGUAUUAUUUUUGGAAAGAAAGGAAUGAAAAAUAUUAUAAUUACAGGAAAUAUAAAACAUGUUAUUAAAUGUGAUUAUGUUCAAAGUGUUCAUUUACUUUCAAAUUUUAUUGUCAUUGGAACAGAAACUGAAAUUCUUAUUUGUAAUUUUGAUGGAAUAAUUAUUGAUAAAAUAAAAGGUCAUUUUAAUAUUUUUACUGCUAAUGAUUGUGUUUUUGGAAUAGAAAAUAAAAGGUUAAUUCGUUGGAAAGAAAGAACAUUACAAUUUGAUAUUAUAUUAUCACAAAAUAUUAAAUUUGUUACUGGUGGAACUUCAAUUACUUAUGUUAUUUUUAAUGACAGUUCACUUAGUUGUAUUAAUGAAAUUGGUGAAAUUUAUUUAACUACUUCGUUUAUGGAUGUUGAUAUUAUUAUUUCAAUGAAGGCAAUAACUUGUGCAAUGUUUGAUUUUAUUUUUCUUACUACUCAUGAAAAUAUCUUUAUUAUUACAAAUCGUCAUGUUGAAAUGCGUAUAUUAACAGCUAUUACUUUUACUUCUGAUUCUUCUGGUCAUAUUAUUAGUGAUAUUUGUCUUCCUUUAUGUUCAAAUGAUUCACCUGAAACAUGGAAUUUCUUAGUUCUAAAUAAAGAUGAUAAAAAGCAUUAUAUUCAUUUGUAUAGAAUAGAUUACAUUGUUCUCUCAAAAAUCUAA